UCCAAGCACCCUGUCGGUGCCGGGGGCCCCGGGAAGGGCACGAAGAAGGAGCAGGGAGACUCGUCCAGGGGCUGCCCUGCCCAGCACAGCAGGGUUGAUGGACUCGGCCGUCCCGGGCAGCAGUGUCAGCAACCUGCAGCUGUUACUGGCCCUUGCCCUGGGUCUUGCAAUUCUCCACUGUGUGGUGGCAGAUGAGAAUACAACCAGAACGCCUGAAACCAAUGGCUCUUUCUGUGGAACUCUUGGGGAAAACUGCACAGGUACCACCACCAGACAGAAGCCGAAAACCCACUUCUCUCGGUGCCCCAAACAGUACAAACAUUACUGCAUCCAUGGGAGAUGCCGAUACGUGGUGGACGAGCAGACGCCCUCCUGCAUCUGUGAGAAAGGCUACUACGGGGUACGCUGUGAGCGAGUGGACGUGUUUUACCUCCAGCAAGACCGAGGGCAGAUCCUGGUAAUCUGCCUGAUAGCGGUCAUGGUGGUGUUCAUCAUUUUAGUCAUCGGGGUCUGCACCUGCUGCCAUCCUCUUCGGAAACAUCGUAAAAAGAAGAAGGAAGAGAAAAUGGAAACUUUGGAUAAAGAUAAAACUCCCAUCAGUGAAGAUAUUCAAGAGACUAAUAUUGCUUAAUGGUUAUAAAGUUGUCAUAAGCUGGUAUGGCGAGCUACAAAAGAUCUGACUCAUUUGCAGAUGGACAGAAGGUGUCUCAGGAAAACAGCUAGCAGAAAUGAAUGUCUAAAUAUUGUAUUUACUUUUUUAUUUGUAUUUGUAACUUUGUGUUGUUUGUUAUUGUUUUUAAUAAUGAUGUUUUUAUUACAGUUUAAUAAUCGAGAAAAAGGGCCUGGUUAGGUAGCAACAAUAAUAAGGGACAUUUCAAGAUAACUUUGUUGCCAGGAUUAUUAGUCAAGUAAAGAAAAAGUGGGCAAGAAGUUAGAUUUUUAAUAACUGAUUAUAUAAUACACCAAACAGUGGUGGCACACGCCUUUAAUCCCAGCAGUUGGGAUGCAGAGGCAGGUUUAUCUCUGUGAGUUUGACUCUAGCCUGGUCUACAUAGCAAGUUCCAGGAUGGCCAGGGCUAUACAGAGAAACCCUGUCUCAAAAACCCAAAGCAACUAAACAAACAAACAAACAAACAAAAACCUGAGUCAACACCAAGGCUUACCAGUUUUGUACAGGUACCAUAUGCUCGGAGUUUGAAAUAUAUUAUUUCAUUUUAUCCUUUCAGCGGUCUGUGAGAUUGCAUGUUUUUAUCCUCAUUGCCAUAUAUGUCAGAGUUAUGUAAUCAUUUAGAUUUAGAGGCAAAAGAAUUGAUGGAGUCAGAACCAAGAUAGACCCAGAUUCAAAAUGGUCUUGUCAUUUUGUUAGUUUGAGUCCCUGUAUUCUAACUCAAUAGUAUAACCCAGGAUUUCCUUCUGAGCUGUACUUUGCUAAUUCUGAGUUGUUAGCAUUAACAGAGACUAUGAAGUCCUGCCCAGUGCUGCUGCCACCAUCAGGAUUUCUGUGAAGUUGGCUUUCAUCCUUACUAUCAUUUUGCUUUUCAUGAAAUCUCAGCGGCAUGAGUAAAUUCUUAUAUUAACAAAACCACCAGAAAAAGCAAAUGACUGGUGUUUCUUAAACCUUCCGUAGGUGCUUAUGCUCAGUAAAGUAUAAACAGCACUGGAAGAGACUGUUAAUAUCAGUGAUGGCAAAGCUGAAGAGAUGUGACCAUACCCUGCUCUCAGGCAAAUUUUGAUACCAUGACAUCCUGAACACAGCAUUUAUUAUUUGAACUAUUUUGCCAUUGUUGUGUUCCUUUGACUUUGUGCUGUAUUUAGUAGAAACGAUAUUAAAUGUAAAAAUAAAAUAAAAUUUUAUAUUUAGUAUUUUGUAUUUAGUCAGUAUUCGGUAGAACAUGGAACUCUUCACACUGAUCAGGUGGUCACUUUAGAAUGCCGAUGGGAAGAUGCUCCCACACAGUGGUGCUUCCUGCGUGUUGGGAUCUUUGUAAACGUUACUUUACAACAGAGAUUUCAUAGAUGUGAACAAAUGUCUGAAUUCCCUACGUUCUUUUACUACAGUGUUUGGAAGAAGUAGGCUGGGGUUUCAUUAAUGAAGAUUACCUGCCAAUUACAGCUAGUAAUUCAAAGAACUGACAAGUUUCAAAAUGUUUUUUUUUUUUUUUCUUGUGAGUUAAUGGCCAUCCUCGAAACGAGGCUACCCACACCUGAGUCAGAUUCAUGCUUUAUUUAGUCUCCUUGGGCUCAUGUAUGUAUUUCUUUCCAGUCGUUUUUUAUGCUAAACAGGUUUGAAAUAAAUGACCACUAGAACAUUGAAAAAUGCCACCAAUGCUGUUAAGUGUCUCUUCUUUCUCGUCUCUGGUGGCUGACCAAUGCAGUCUCUAAAGAUAAGACAAUGUUGGGAAACUCUCGUUUUUUUUUUUUUUUUUAUUUGAAACUUUUAAUGGUGUCUCUUGAAAUUCUGAUAUCAAGAAAGAAAUUCAAGAACUUUCAUGGUUUUUCAAAGUGUAUUUUGUAAUUGUUUUUGCACAUACCAUGUUGUUUAUAUAGACUGUCAAGGUUAUAACAAAAUAAAAUAA